GCGCUAUAGCAAUAGCAUGUUCUUCUGUUCAUUCACAAAAGCUACUAGAGGAACUUUCAACUGCACACCUCGUUCGUGUCCCCCUCAUGCAUGAAUAAAGCCAGCCUGUCGUGGCGGAGGCAAGCUGUUGUGGCUGCCACACCGCGCCAUCACAUACUGACAUACACAUACCUCCUCCUCCUCCAUCCUCUGUCCACACCAAAAGCAGAAGGAAGGGAGAGAUCUGGGAGGGGUGAGAGAGCAGGAGGAGAAGGCCAUUGCCCUCUUGAAGGCUCGAGACCUUCUCCGUCCAUCCUCUUCCCUCUUUGCUUUGCCUCUCCUAGACUCUCUAGUCGUCCGGUCCGGCCAUGGCCACCAUCCUGGAGAACAUCCAGAAGGCGAGGUUCCUGCCGACCAGGCCGCUCAAGGACGAGCUGCCCACCUUCCAGGGCGGCGGUGGUGGCAAGGAGGAGAGCCACCUCAUGGGCCUGAGGAAGCGGCUGUCCUCCUUCUCGGGCAAGAUCCAGCCCAUCUCCUCCGCGUCGGCCGAGUGGGCGUUCCGGCGCUCCAAGUCGGCGCCCUCCCUCGGCGCCGCGUUCGCCGCGGGGGGCGGCUCCCUGAGGCAGUGGUGGCAGUGGGGCGUCGGCUGGCUCCUGUCCAAGAAGCCCGGGUUCGCGGGCGACCUCGAGAUGAACGAGGAGGAGGUCGCCGCGCUGGGCCGCCAGAGCAGGGGCAGCUGGGGCCACAUCCUCUACAAGAUGCGCUCCGGUGUCCGGCGGCUCGUCAUGUCCACGCACUCGCUCCCUACCACGCACAAGCAGUCGUCCCUGCCGUCGUCGGCGUCGGCGGUGCACAACAACGUCCAGUGCAAGCCGGCGGCGGCGUUCGCCUACGCGCAGCGGCAGAGCUUCCACCACACCGGCCACGCCAUGGCGCACUAAGGAGCGCCGUCGCGGUUGCAGGUGCUGUUUGCAGCCGAUCUCCUCCAGAUUCAGAAGUGGAGAUGGCGAGAGGCACGAGAAGAAGAAGAAGAUUCAGGUUCCAGGUGCGUGAGAUCGAUGGUGAAGAUAUCGCUGUACCGUCCGUUAUAAGUGAAAACUAGUAGCUCGGUGAAUCGAUGAUGAAUGAAAUGGAUCUUCAUGUAGGUUUUACCAUCCUGUGCUGUGUAGAUCUAGUGCCCCAUGUAGAGGUGAACAAGUGUUAUAUGCUCUCGUUCUUUAUAUUCUUUUGGGUUCUUUUGGACGAUGUAAAUGUACAAUGUUUGGUUGAUUUUGUACUGUUUUUGCCUCCAGCAGUAAAUAAAACUAAUGCAAAUUGUGCCCCUC